AUGCCGCACGGGGGGAACAAUGACGGCGCCGCGGGCCCCGUGGCCGCGCUGCUCAAGUCGGCGACGGUCCUGGUCCCCGCGGCCGCCGGCGCGAUCUUCGCGCGCAACUUCUCCGCCUCGGGCAAGGGCACCGCCGCGGCCAAGGGGGAGCGCGUGUUUGCCUACCCAGAGGGCAAGGACGCGCUGAACUCGUCGGGCGGGCCCCCCGUCAUCCCCGCGAAGGGCGAGGUCUUCCGCUCGAAGGCCCCGCACCACCUGAAGCCCACGGAGAUCGACGACAAGGACAAGGGCACGCCGGACGACUGGAUCCCAAGGCACCCCGACAUCAUCCGCCUCACCGGUCGGCACCCGCUCAACUGCGAGCCCCCGAUGACGACGCUGAUGGAGACGGGCUUCAACACGCCCCCGGCGCUGCACUACGUGCGCAACCACGGCCCUGCGCCGCGCAUCAAGUGGGAGGACCACCGCAUCACGGUCAACGGCCUGGUCGACAAGCCCAUCACCUACACGAUGGAGGAGCUCAUGAAGCUGCCGCAGCAGACCAUCCCGGUGACGCUGGUGUGCGCGGGCAACCGCCGCAAGGAGCAGAACAUGAUCAAGAAGACCAUCGGCUUCAGCUGGGGCUCGGCCGGCCUGGGCACGAGCUACUGGACCGGCGUGCGCCUGUGCGACAUCCUCAAGGCCUCGGGCGUCAAGCCCGGCGCGACGCACGUGUCCUUCCGCGGGCCCAAGAAGGAGCUGCCGCAGGGCGACGACGGGUCGUACGGCACGUCGCUGGAGCUCCCCGUGGCGAUGAACCCCGCGGAGGACGUCAUGGUGUGCUGGAAGCAGGACGGCGAGCUGCUGACGCCCGACCACGGGUACCCGGUGCGCAUGAUCAUCCCGGGCUUCAUCGGCGGGCGCAUGGUCAAGUGGCUGGAGGAGAUCACGGUGACGGACAAGGAGUCGGACAACUUCUACCACUUCUUCGACAACCGCGUGCUCCCGCCGCAGAUCGACCAGAAGACCGCGAACGAGGAGGGCUGGUGGUACAAGCCCGAGUACAUCAUCAACGAGCUCAACAUCAACUCGGCGAUCGGGUACCCAGCGCACGGCGAGGUGCUCCCGCUCGACGGCAGCGUGCAGGAGUACACCGUGCGCGGGUACGCGUACACGGGCGGCGGCCGCAAGAUCAUCCGCUGCGAGGUCUCGCUCGACGACGGCAAGACCUGGCGCCUGGCCGACAUCCACCGCUUCCAGAAGCCCACGGAGUUCGGGCGCUUCUGGUGCUGGGACUUCUGGUCGCUCAAGAUCGCCCUGCCCGACCUGCUGCGGUGCAAGGAGAUCUGCGUGCGCGCGUUCGACGCCGCGCAGAACACGCAGCCGGAGUGGCCCACGUGGACGGUGAUGGGCAUGAUGAACAACCCGUGGUUCCGCGUCCGCGUCAACCCGUGCGUGACGGACGCCGGCGUCCCCGCGGUGACCUUCCAGCACCCGACGCAGCCCGCCAACCAGCCCGGCGGCUGGAUGGGCGACAACCCGGUCGACCCCGCCGCCGCCGCUGCGCCCGCCGCCAAGGCCGCGGUCCCGAAGAAGGACGCGCGGCGCUUCACGCGCGCGGAGGUGGCCAAGCACGACAAGGAGGACGACGUGUGGCUGAUCUACCACGGCAAGGUGUACGACGCGACGGCGUACAUGAAGGACCACCCGGGCGGCGCGGACUCGAUUCUGAUGAACGGCGGGAUGGACUGCACGGACGAGUUCGACUCGAUCCACUCGGCCAAGGCCAAGGCGAUGAUCGAGGACUACUACAUCGGGGAGCUGGACGACUCGGCGACGGCGAGCAUGGACAGCGGGUCGACGGCGGACGAGGCGGCGGCCAAGGUGGCGCUCAAGCUCAAGGAGCGCGUCAAGCUGCCGCUGAUCAAGCGCGAGGACCUGAGCCACAACGUGCGCCUGCUGCGGUUCGGCCUGCCCAGCAAGGACCACCGCCUGGGCCUGCCGAUCGGCAAGCACGUCAUGUUCUACGCCAAGGUCGGGGGCGAGACGGUCGUGCGCGCGUACACGCCCAUCACGAACGACCGCACGCUCGGGCACGUGGACUUCGUGAUCAAGGUCUACUUCGCGAACGAGCACCCGCGCUUCCCCGCGGGCGGCAAGAUGACGCAGCACCUCGAGACGCUCAAGGUGGGCGACGAGCUGGAGUUCCGCGGGCCGCUGGGGGAGUUCGUGUACCACGGGCGCGGCAAGUACACGUACAAGGGCAAGGAGGGCUUCACGUCGGGCAUGACGAUGAUCGCGGGCGGGACGGGCAUCACGCCCAUGUGGCAGGUGCUCGAGGCGGUGCUCGCGGACCCGGGGGACAAGACGGAGAUCCGCCUGAUCUACGCGAACCAGACCACGGACGACAUCCUGCUGUGGAAGGAGAUGGACGCGCUGGCGGCCAAGCACAAGAACUUCCGCGCCUUCUACACCCUGGACCGCCCCCCCGCGGACUGGAAGAUGGGCAAGGGCUUCGUGAGCGAGGAGAUGGUGCGGGGGAACGCGCUGAAGCCGCAGAAGGACACGCUCGCGCUCAUGUGCGGCCCGCCCAUCAUGCUCGAGAAGGCCUGCGUGCCCAACCUCGAGAAGAACGGCUACUCGAAGGACCAGAUGGUCUUCUUCUAG